UAUGAUUUCUCUGAGGUGCUGCGAUGGUUCGGGGAGCGGGUGGACCGCAUCAUCCUCCUCUUUGACGCCCACAAACUGGACAUAUCAGACGAGUUCUCUGAGGCCAUCAAGGCCUUCCGUGGCCAGGACGACAAGAUCCGCGUGGUGCUGAACAAGGCUGACCAGGUGGACAGCCAGCAGCUGAUGAGGGUCUACGGAGCUCUGAUGUGGUCCCUGGGGAAGGUGAUCAACACGCCCGAGGUGGUGAGGGUCUACCUGGGCUCGUUCUGGGCCAAGCCCCUGCAGAACACGGAAAACCGUAGGCUCUUUGAGGCAGAGACCAAAGACCUCUUCAAAGACAUCCAGGGCCUGCCUCGGAAUGCUGCCUUACGCAAACUUAAUGACCUCAUCAAACGGGCUCGACUUGCUAAGGUAAUAAGCUGCUACGGUAACUGUACUGUUACUGUACUCCCCACUCUGCCCUGCCCAAUCCUGUGCUUUCCUUGGGGGCCUAUAGUCCUAAUAAGACCAUUGUCUGUAAAUCACAAUGCCGUUUGUCCAUAUGUAAGUGUGCAGGCACCAGGUCUGAGGUGAUGAUUACUGAUUACAUGUACCUCAUGCACUGUCUUGUGUUAAUUCUGACCGUGGUCAUACAUGUGUUGUCUUUGGCCCGUUGUGCAAUGUGAACAUCCUCAGGAACUGCUUGAUCCCUGGUUUCCAUUAUUUCCAUUCAGAGCUCUUUUCACUUCAUUACAUGGAGGAGGCUGGUACUUAAGUCUCCCUGCAGCAUAUGGAGCAAUUUAUCCAGAACAGAGGAGGGCCAUGCCUGAGAGUGUAGCCUUAUCUCUUCUGCAAUAUUUUCCAACUGGCCAGACAAAGAAACUAACUGAAGAAGAAACUAACUGUUAGAGCCCCCUGGAUUGAUGAUGAAUUUACAUUUUUUAUGGUUCAAAUAAAUGAUGAAAAAGAGGUGGCAAACAAGUCAGGCUGCUCAACUGAUUGGUUGACAUACUGUAAGUUGAGAAAUGUGGUGACUAAACAAAAACAAAUUAUAUUACCAAAAAAAGAUAAUGUCAUAAAACUCAAUGGAGAAAGACUUUGAAGUACCUUAAAUGAUAUCAUGGCCAGAAAACCCAAUUCAUCUCCAUCGUUCAUUGAAGUUGGUGUCAUGUAUAACAAAACCUUUUGACAGUUGACGAGAGAUUAACUGCUUCUCUUCUAGGUUUUGAGACAUUUCCAGAUUGUCUGCCUAAUCAAAUAAAAUUGAGCUCAGACACCCAUACAUACCCAACCAGACAUGCCACUAGGGAUCUCUUCACAGUCUGUGAAGAGGUGUGAAUGACGGAGUCAGGCGCAGGAGGUAAAACACAGAAAUCAAGAGUUUAUUCAGUGUACAAUAAUGUAGCGCAUAAAGCGACAGAACGAAACUAGCACAAGGGAAAAUCAACCUUGGUUGCAUACAAGUAGCUCAACCGAGCUACUCACUCUCACAAAGAACAAUCACUCACAAAGGACAAGGGGGCAGAGGGAACACUUACACACAGACUAAUGAGGGAAUGAGUACAUUUACAUUUACGUCAUUUAGCAGACGCUCUUAACCAGAGCGACUUACAAAUUGGUGCAUUCACCUUAUAGCCAGUGGGAAAACCACUUACAAUAUGUUAUUUUUUUUUUUUUUUUUUUUUUGGGGGGGGGGGGGGGGGGGGGGGGUAGAAGGAUUACUUUAUCCUAUCCCAGGUAUUCCUUAAAGAGGUGGGGUUUCAAGUGUCUCCGGAAGGUGGUGAGUGACUCCGCUGUCCUAGCGUCGUGAGGGAGCUUGUUCCACCAUUGGGGUGCCAGAGCAGCAAACAGUUUUGACUGGGCUGAGCGGGAACUGUGCUUCCGCAGAGGUAGGGGGGCCAGCAGGCCAGAUGUGGAUGAACGCAAUGCCCUCGUUUGGUACGGAGGUGCCGUUCCCCUCACAGCUCCGUAGGCAAGCACCAUGGUCUUGUAGCAGAUGCGAGCUUCAACUGGAAGCCAGUGGAGUGUGCGGAGGAGUGGGGUGACGUGAGAGAACUUGGGAAGGUUGAACACCAGACGGGCUGCGGCAUUCUGGAUGAGUUGUAGGGGUUUAAUGGCACAGGCAGGGAGCCCAGCCAACAGCGAGUUGCAGUAAUCCAGACGGGAGAUGACAAGUGCCUGGAUUAGGACCUGUGCUGCUUCCUGUGUAAGGCAGGGUCGUACUCUCCAAAUGUUGUAGAGCAUGAACCUACAGGAUCGGGUCACCGCCUUGAUGUUAGCGGAGAACGACAGGGUGUUGUCCAGGGUCACGCCAAGGCUCAUCGCACUCUGGGAGGAGGACACAACGGAGUUGUCAACCGUGAUGGCGAGAUCAUGGAACAGGCAGUCCUUCCCCGGGAGGAAGAGCAGCUCCGUCUUGCCGAGGUUCAGCUUGAGGUGGUGAUCCGUCAUCCACACUGAUAUGUCUGCCAGACAUGCAGAGAUGCGAUUCGCCACCUGGUUAUCAGAAGGGGGAAAGGAGAAGAUUAGUUGUGUGUCGUCUGCGUAGCAAUGAUAGGAGAGGCCAUGUGAGGAUAUGACAGAGCCAAGUGACUUGGUGUAUAGCGAGAAUAGGAGAGGGCCUAGAACUGAGCCCUGGGGGACACCAAUGGUGAGAGCACGUGGUGCGGAGACAGGUUCUCGCCACGCCACUUGGUAGGAGCGACCGGUCAGGUAGGACGCAAUCCAAGAGUGAGCCGCGCCGGAGAUGCCCAACUCGGAGAGGGUGGAGAGGAGGAUCUGAUGGUUCACAGUAUCAAAGGCAGCAGACAGGUCUAGAAGGACAAGAGGAGAGAGAGAGUUAGCUUUAGCAGUGCGGAGAGCCUCCGUGACACAGAGAAGAGCAGUCUCAGUUGAAUGACCAGUCUUGAAACCUGACUGGUUUGGAUUAAGAAGGUCAUUCUGAGAGAGAGAGAGCAAGAGAGUUGGCUAGAGACGGCACGCUCAAGAGUUUUGGAGAGAAAAGAAAGAAGGGAUACUGGUCUGUAGUUGUUGACAUCAGAGGGAUCGAGUGUAGUUUUUUUGAGAAGGGGUGCAACUCUCGCUCUCUUGAAGACGGAAGGGACAUAGCCAGCGGUCAAGGAUGAGUUGAUGAGCGUGGUGAGGUAAGGGAGAAGGUCUCCGGAAAUGGUCUGGAGAAGAGCGGAGGGGAUGGGGUCAAGCGGGCAGGUUGUUGGGCGGCCGGCUGUCACAAGUCGCAAGAUUUCAUCUGGAGAGAGAGGGGAGAAAAGAAGUCAAAGCAUAGGGUAGGGCAGUGUGAGCAGGACCAGCAGUGUCAUUUGACUUAAUAAACGAGGAUCGGAUGUCAGACGAGGAGAGAGCAGUAGGAGUAGCAGGGUUUUCAGUGGUAAUACAUGUUUCUGUCAGCGCCAACAAGUCGAGGGACUGGAGGGUAGCAUAGGCUGAGAUGAACUCUGCCUUGUUGGCCGCAGAACGGCAGAUCCAGAGGCUGCCGGAGACCUGGAACUCCACGUUGGUCGUGCGUGCAGGGACCACCAGGUUAGAGAGGCAGCAGCCACACGGUGUGAGGCGUUUGUAUAGCCUGUGCGGAGAGGAGAGAACAGGGAUAGACAGAGGCAUAGUUGACAGGCUACAGAAAAUGGCUACAAUAAUGCAAAGGAGAUCGGAAUGAAAUUAACUAAACAUCUGGGAAAGCGAGAGAGCGGGGCCUCCCUCACUUACGUUUCACUGAAACACCCAAAUACCAGGUGUGUGUGAUUGACAAGACAAGACAAAUGGAGUGAUGAUAAAUGGAGCGGUAGUGGCUAGUAAUCCGGUGACGACGAACGCCGAAACCUGCCCGAGCAAGGAGGAGGGGCAGCCUCGGCUGAAUUCGUGACAGUACCCCCCUCCUACCUUGAAGCGCAGCUCCAGCAGCGUGCCGACACCGGCCUCUGGGACGGCCAGGAGGACGCGGAGCAGGGCGAGUCGGAUGGCGACGAUGGAAGUCCCUCAGCAGAGAGGGAUCGAGGAUAUCCCUCACCGGGACCCAGCACCGUUCCUCCGGACCGUACCCUUCCCACUCCACGAGGUACUGAAGGCCCCCCACCCGGUGCCUCGAAUCCAGGAUGGACCGGACAGAGUACGCUGGCGCCCCCUCAACGUCCAAAGGAGGUGGAGGGACCUCCCGCACCUCAGACUCCUGGAGCGGACCAGCCACCACCGGCCUGAGGAGAGACGCAUGAAACGAGGGGUUAAUACAGUAAUCAGGGGGGAGUAAUAACCUAUAUGUGACCUCGUUGAUUCUCCUCUACAAACUGAGGGCUCAGCUUCCGGCAGGGCAGGCGGAGGGGCAGAUUCCGGGUCGAGAGCCAGACCCGAUGCCCCAGUACAAAGACGGGGGCCUCACUGUGGUGACGGUCAGCGUUGGCCUUCUGACGACGCACGCCGCGUUGGAGGUGAACAUGGGCAGCGUUCCACGUCUCCUCCGCGCGGUGAAACCAGUCAUCCACUGCAGGAGCUUUGGUCUGACUCUGGUGCCACGGUGCCAGAACUGGUUGAUAACCUAAAACACACUGAAAUGGCGUUCGGUUCGUAGAGGAGUGGCAGAGAGAGUUCUAGGCAUAUUCUGCCCAUGGCAGGAACACCGACCACUCCCCCGGCCGGUCCUGGCAAUAGGACCUCAGGAACCUACCCACAUCCUGAUUUAACCCGUUCCACCUGCCCAUUACUUUCAGGGUGGAACCCAGAAGUCAGGCUGACCGAGACUCCCAGACGUUCCAUGAACUCCUUCCAGACUUUUGACGUGAACUGGGGACCUCGGUCAGACACUAUAUCCUCUGGUACCCCGUAGUGCCAGAAGACGUGUGUAAACAGGGCCUCCGCAGUUUGCAGAGCCGUGGGGAGACCAGGCAGAGGAAGGAGGCGGCAGGCUUUUUCGAAAAGCGGUCCACAACGACCAGGAUGGUGGUGUUCCCUUGAGAGACAGGCAGAUCAGUUUAAAAAAUCAACACACAAAUGAGACCAUGGUCGUUGUGGAACUGGUAAAGGUUUUAACUUACCCGCUUGGGAGGUGCCUAGGUGCCUUACUCUGGGCGCACACUGAGCAGGAGGAAACUUACACCCUCACGUCCUUAGCCAAGGUAGGCCACCAGUACUUUUUGGUCUGGCAGCGCACUGUACGACUGAUACCUGGGUGACCAGAGGAGGGUGACGUGUGUGCCCAGUAGAUCAGACGAUCACGGAUAAGCGCAGGCACGUACUGCAGCCCAGCUGGACACUGCGGUGGAGAUGGAUCUGUGCGUAAUGCCUGCGCUAUAUCUGCGUCCAUCGCCCAUACUACCGGCGCCACAAUGCAGGAGUCUGGCAGUAUGGGGGUAUUGUCUCUGGGCCUCUCCUCUGUAUCAUACAGCUGGGACAGUGUGUCUGCUUUCACGUUCUUCGUACCCGGAAUGUAUGACAGUGUGAAAUCAAACCGCGUGAAGAAUAGGGCCCACCUGGCCUGGCGAGGGUUCAGCCUCCUCGCUGCCCGAAUGUACUCCAGGUUAUGGUGGUCCGUCCAGACGAGGAAUGGAUGUUUCGCCCCCUUGAGCCAAUGUCUCCACACUGUCAGGGCUCGGACCACAGCCAACAGCUCCCGAUCACCAACGCCAUAGUUCUGCUCAGCCGGGCUGAGCUUCUUUGAGAAGAACGCACAGGGGCGGAGCUUGGGUGGCGUGCCCGAGCGUUGAGACAGGACUGCUCCCAUCCCAACUUCGGACGCAUCCACCUCCACUACGAACGGUAGUGAUGGAUCGGGGUGGGCCAGUACCGGGGCCGAGGUGAACAGUUCCCUCAGGUUACUGAAGGCCCUGUCAGCCUCAGCAGACCAGCGGAGCCGGGACAGACCACCCUUCAACAGAGACGUAAUGGGAGCUGCGACCUUGCCAAAGCCCCGGAUAAACCUCUGAUUAAUUGUUGGCGAAGCCAAGGAAGCGCUGCACCUCCUUUACCGUGAUUGGAGUCGGCCAAUUACGCACAGCUGCAAUGCGGUCGCCCUCCAUCUCCACACCUGUGGUAGAAAUGUGGUAUCCGAAGAAGGAGACGGACUGCUGGAAAAACAUACACUUUUCUGCCUUAGCAUGAAGGUCAUUUUCCAACAGUCGGGCCAGUACUUUGCAAACCAUGGACACAUGCUCGGCGCGCGUAGCGGAAUACACCAAGAUGACGUCGAUGUAGACCACUACACCGCGACCAAGCAUGUCCCAAAACACCUCAUUCACAAAGGACUGGAAGACUGAGGGAGCAUUCAUCAAACCAUAGGGCAUCACCAGGUAUUCAUAAUGCCCCGUGGUUGUGCUGAAUGCGGUCUUCCACUCAUCUCCCUCUCGGAUAUGCACCAGGUUGUACGCACUCCUGAGAUCUAAUUUAGUGAAGAAGCGCGCUCCAUGCAAUGACUCAACCACUGCCAGAAUGAGGGGGAGAGGAUAACUAAAUCUAAUCAUCUCCUUGUUCAGUGGUCAAUAAUCAAUGCAAGGGCGCAGACCGCCGUCUUUCUUCUUCACAAAAAAGAAACUCGAGGAGGCGGGUGAAGUGGAGGGACGUAUGUACCCCUGGCGCAGGGACUCAGGUGACGUAGGGAUACACAUGACUCCUGGGAGGUACAGCAUCUACCCGAGGUUUAUUGCGUAAUCCCCCGCCCAAUAAGGUGGUAAUUUAGUUGCUUUAUUUUUAGAGAAGGCUUGUGCCAGAUCAUGGUAUUCGGGGGGAAUGCGCACGGUGGAGGCACCGUCUGGACUUUCAACCGUGGUUGCACCAACGGAAACACCCAUACGCCUACCCUGACACUCUCGUGACCACCCAGUGAGAACCCUCUGCGGCCAUGAAAAAGUGGGGUUGUGGAGUGCUAGCCAUGGAAUACCUAACACCACAGGGAAAGCAGGAGAUGCAAUGAUGGAAAAAGUGACCCGCUCACAAUGCGUCUCCUGUGUGAUCAUGGUGACUGGUACCGUGACUUCCUUUAUCAACCCGGACCCUAAUGGUCGACUAUCAAGUGCUCUGAUGGGGCGUGAAAUGGAUAGGGGAACUAAUGAAAUGCCCUGGCGGCGUGCGAAUGUUUUGUCCAUAAAGUUCCCAGCUGCGCCUGAAUCGACUAGCGCCUUACACUGGGGAACUCUCAUGUGAUCAGGGAAGUAUAUGGGUAUAGUACAGUGCUCAGCAGAGGGCUCUGAACAAGAGUGGGUGCUCAAUACCUGGGGUGAUGCGAGAGCCGGCCGCCUCCUGACCCAAAAGAGCACUGACGACAACGUGUGGUGGAAUGUCCCUUUGUGCCAUCCGAGUGGCACUGGCGCUGUCGUCCUCCUCUCUCUUGGUGCGCGGUACCACCCAGCUCCAUGAGCUCUGGAUCCGCAUCGGUCGGGGCGGGAAUGGGCAGACCUCCUCCAGGACGUCCUCUGGUUGCCAGCAGUUUAUCCAGACAAAUGGCCAUGUCCACCAGUUCGGUAAAAGACAAACUGGUGUCACUGCAGGCUAGCUCCCGUCGGACGUCCUCCCGUAGAUGGCACCGGAACUGGGGAUCCAAAUACAUUACAUUUACAUUUUAGUCAUUUAGCAGACGCUCUUAUCCAGAACGACUUACAGUUAGUGCAUACAUUAUUUUUUUUCAUACCCCCUGUGGGAAUCAAACCCACAACCCUGGCGUUGCAAACGCCAUGCUCUAUCAACUGAGCUACAUCCCUGCCGGCCAUUCCCUCCCCUACCCUGGACGACGCUGGGCCAAUUGCGCGCCGCCCCAUGGGUCUCCCGGUCGCGGCCGGCUACGACAGAGCCUGGAUUCGAACCAGGAUCUCUAGUGGCACAGCUGCCUUAGACCACUGCGCCACUCGGGAGACUAUAAACAAAAACAAACACAGGAAUCCGGCAGCUCUCUGCAUUCCUUCCUGCUAUGCUGAGUGUGUGAGACAAUGUGAUGUAGUAAAGCACUCUGUACCCCCAGGUUGGCCUUGUCGGUUUCGGUUGCCCCUUUCCCUGGUCAGUGGGGAAUGUAUGACGUCCUAACCCAAAACUAAGAACCCUGCUUACCCACCCUCUCAACCUCUCCCUCCCUGUCAGUCUGUCUGUCUGUCUGUAUGCACUGCCAGGGCCUGCAGCAGCGCCAUGUUUACGCCAACCUUGUCUGUCUUUGUCCGUCUGUCUGUCCAUCCCACAAUGCCUGCCUGCUUCCAAGAGGAAUAAACAUUAUCAUAUGGAAACUAAAGGAAAAACCUUACCUUGUCCCCUGGAGCGAGCUUCCUCUCCUUUAUUGAGGACCUUUUAGUGUAAACACCGGUGUGAAUGUUCCCUUGGCAAGGACAUUUACAAGGUGGAGUCGCACUUGCAAACACAAGGGACACAUUGAUAAUCCUGCUGGUCCAACAAUGCUUGGAGAGGUUGAAGGACCCUGGUGAAUGAAUGCAAUCAGCUUCUUUCCGAUGUGUUCUGUUUUAACCCACCUUAUCAUUUCCCCUCAUACAAUUUCAGUUCACACAUACACUGUGCAAGUCUCAUUAUGACAUCAGAUGAAAAUAUCAAGCAUGGAGAAGGAAGGAAACCACACAGAGAUGUUGACACAAGUUUGCUCCACAGCAGCAGUGUAAUAGGACCUUAUUUGAAUAUGUGGAAAGCUGACAGCUGGCAAUGAAUUCAAAAGACAAGUGGCUCAGGCUUGACCAUACUAAUACUUGACCUCUCUCUCUCAUAGGUGCAUGCCUACAUCAUCAGCUACCUGAAGAAAGAGAUGCCGUCGUUGUUUGGGAAGGAAAAGAAGAAGGAGGAACUGAUCAUGCGACUUCCUGAGAUCUACACCAUACUGCAGAGAGAGCACCACAUAUCCGCUGGAGACUUCCCCAAUGUCGUCAAGAUGCAGGUCUGCUGGGUUACUAUGGCUCCUGAGAAUAAUACAUGUGGCUGCAUCCCAAAUGGCAUCUUAUUCCCUAUAUAGUGCACUACUUUUGACCAGUGCUACAUGUGCCCUAGUCAAAGUAGUGCACUAUAUAGGGAAUAGCGUGCCAUUUGGGAUGCAUCAUAGGUUUUCAUCUAGGUACAACUCAAUGGCUCAUCUCGAAAUGCAGAGUAUUGUAAAAUAUUUACCCUUAACUAAAAUGAUUAUCUUUAACACCUCAAGUGAGUUGUGAUACAAGUAAAGGGGCAGAUCAUCAACAAUUAAUAAAAACGUAGUCAUUGGUCAUAGUUUACUGCCGGACAUUUCCAUCCAGUUGAAAGCGAGAGACGGCCACACCUCCCCAGCUGUGUGAACGCAGCUGUUUUCUGUCAGCUACACAGAAAAGAGAGAGCUAGGCCUUAGAGGUAGACUUAGCCUGGCUUUUUAUUCGGAAGGGAAUAGCUCAACUCAUGGAACCUAGAGAAUCAUCACAACAUUUGGAAGUGAGAGCAGUGCAGCUGGUUAUGAGACAUUGUCUAGAGAGAAUGCUCCACUAUUGAACAUUGAGCAUGUUAUAGUGUGUAAGGCUCCCCGAGGAGCAGUGUUAUUCUCAGUCCUGUUAUUGUGUGUUGAGGAGAAGGGACCACCCGCCAUAGUCUUAAAUUCCUCUGCAUUUUAGUCAUGGGAGUUUUACUUAACAAAAUGUUCUACACAGCACCUCAGAGACCUGAGGCCUUUAGCCAUUUAUGUAUUGUCAGUCAGAAACAGUCAAACAAUGAAAUGUAACCGUAACAUACCCUUUGGUCAUCUCACCCUAAUCUUAGCCCUGAUAUGACUUUAGGGUCCAUUAGAUACCAUAAUAAUAGAGGCUACAGCCAUAUCAGGGCUAGCCUAAUCCCUGCUUUACACGUGACCUAGUAGUUACUUCAUAGGCUGCGUUUACACAUGCAGCCAAAUUCACCAUCAUUUUCCACUAAUUGUCUUUUGACCGAUCAGAUCUUUUGCCCAUAAUUGGGCAUAAGAUCAGAAUUGGGCUGCCUGUGUAAACAGCCAAAUACGACAAUGGACAGUUCAUGACCACCCAGGUCACUCUGGGUCAAUAUACAGUGGGGAGAACAAGUAUUUGAUACACUGCCGAUUUUGGCAGGUUUUCCUACUUACAAAGCAUGUAGAGGUCUGUAAUUUUUAUCAUAGGUACACUUCAACUGUGAGAGACGGAAUCUAAAACAAAAAUCCAGAAAAUCACAUUGUAUGAUUUUUAAGUAAUUAAUUUGCGUUUUAUUGCAUGACAUAAGUAUUUGAUACAUCAGAAACGCAGAACUUAAUAUUUGGUACAGAAACCUUUGUUUGCAAUUACAGAGAUCAUACGUUUCCUGUAGGUCUUGACCAGGUUUGCACACACUGCAGCAGGGAUUUUGGCCCACUCCUCCAUACAGACCUUCUCCAGAUCCUUCAGGUUUCGGGGCUGUCCCUGGGCAAUACGGACUUUCAGCUCCCUCCAAAGAUUUUCUAUUGGGUUCAGGUCUGGAGACUGGCUAGGCCACUCCAGGACCUUGAGAUGCUUCUUACGGAGCCACUCCUUAGUUGCCCUGGCUGUGUGUUUCGGGUCGUUGUCAUGCUGGUAGACCCAGCCAUGACCCAUCUUCAAUGCUCUUACUGAGGAAAGGAUGUUGUUGGCCAAGAUCUCGGGAUACAUGGCCCCAUCCAUCCUCCCCUCAAUACGGUGCAGUCGUCCUGUCCCCUUUGCAGAAAAGCAUCCCCAAAGAAUGAUGUUUCCACCUCCAUGCUUCACGGCUGGGAUGGUGUUCUUGGGGUUGUACUCAUCCUUCUUCCUCCAAACACGGCGAGUGGUUUAGACCAAAAAGCUCUAUUUUUGUCUCAUCAGACCACGACCUUCUCCCAUUCCUCCUCUGGAUCAUCCAGAUGGUCAUUGGCAAACUUCAGACGGGCCUGGACAUGCGCUGGCUUGAGCAGGGGGACCUUGCGUGCGCUGCAGGAUUUUAAUCCAUGACGGCGUAGUGUGUUACUAAUGGUUUUCUUUGAGGCUGUGGUCCCAGCUCUCUUCAGGUCAUUGACCAGGUCCUGCCGUGUAGUUCUGGGCUGAUCCCUCACCUUCCUCAUGAUCAUUGAUGCCCCACGAGGUGAGAUCUUGCAUGGAGCCCCAGACCGAGGGUGAUUGACCUUCAUCUUGAACUUCUUCCAUUUUCUAAUAAUUGUGCCAACAGUUGUUGCCUUCUCACCAAGCUGCUUGCCUAUUGUCCUGUAUCCCAUCCCAGCCUUGUGCAGGUCUACAAUUUUAUCCCUGAUGUCCUUGCACAGCUCUCUGCUCUUGGCCAUUGUGGAGAGGUUGGAGUCCGUUUGAUUGAGUGUGUGGACAGGUGUCUUUUAUACAGGUAACAAGUUCAAACAUGUGCAGUUAAUACAGGUAAUGAGUUGAGAACAGGAGGGCUUCUUAAAGAAAAACUAACAGGUCUGUGAGAGCCGGAAUUCUUACUGGUUGGUAGGUGAUCAAAUACUUAUGUCAUGCAAUAAAAUGCAAAUUAAUUACUUAAAAAUCAUACAAUGUGAUUUUCUGGAUUUUUGUUUUAGAUUCCGUCUCUCACAGUUAAAGUGUACCUAUGAUAAAAAUUACAGACCUCUACAUGCUUAGUAAGUAGGAAUACCUGCAAAAUCGGCAGUGUAUCAAAUACUUGUUCUCCCCACUGUAUCUAUUGCCAAGAGUCUUUGUAUGGUUUGAGAUCCUACCUGCACCCUACUUAUUGGUUGUAUGUAGGAAGCCGUUGUUGUCGUACUGUAAUGUGUGCUUUUGUGCAGCAGGACUUGAUUACAAAUAACAUUGAUCUCUGAACUUUCUUUCUGUCUUUGUUUUUACAGGAGCAGCUCCAGCACUAUGACUUCAGCAAGUUUCCCUCCCUGAAGAUGAAGCUGAUCGAAUCUGUGGACAAGAUGUUGGCUAACAAGAUCUCUGGCC